ACCAAGUCAAAUUUGCACAAUCAACUCAUCUAAACGUUCUUGACCCCCCAAACACAAUACAAUUAUGGCUCACAGACUCAUAGUUCAAGUGCUAUUCACAGGUGCUAAGGUUUUUGGAACUGCGUUCACCACUGCCUACCGUCAGGCCGCCACACAAACUGCUAAACAGUCUGCUACCCAGGCAAACAGAGCGCGUGACACCGGCAUAACAUUAGACGAAAGUGCAAAGAUUCUGGAUGUCGACCUGAAGAACACCACUUUGGAGCAGGUUGAAGAGAGAUAUCAAAAGAUGUUUGAUAUCAACUCCAAAGAGAAAGCAGACUCGUUCUACCUUCAGUCAAAGAUCUACUGGGCUGCUGAAAGACUAAAAAGUGAGUUCAAAGCACAGGAAGCGGAACGAGCCGCUGGCGAAGGAGGAGAAGGGAAAGACGCCGCCAGUUCUGAAGCGCCGCCUAAACAGUGAUGUGCGUUGGAAGUUGCCGGCUCAUCAAAGGUCUGAACAACGGCUCGCAUCAACAAUUCGUGUAUAUAUGCCCGUAUAGGAGAAACAAUAAUGCCACAAG